UGUCUGUAUACCUCUGGUACUCAGCAGGGCUGGGUUGUGGAGGGACAGAGAAGAGGGACAUCAUAAAAGAUCUGGGUAGAGGUGUUGUUGUAUUGGUCAAGACUGAGGGCUGAAGAACACAGAAGAAAUCCUUUUAUUUAGCCCAUGAUGGGUUACAGCAAGUUGUGUCUGUUACUGCUGCUGAGCAGCUACACUUUGGCUCAGGAAGGCAAUGACAACAAUGAACAAACUUCAACAUGUCUGUUGGCAUCCAGAUUCAAGACAUAUAAGAAAUAUUUGUACCAGUACACCACAGAGAGCAGAAAUGGUGUGGUGGGCACUGCCAACCUGAGGAACGGACCUAAAGUCUCUUGUCAGGUAGAGAUCGAAGUCCCUCAGACGUGCAGAUUAAUCAUGCACACCAGGGACUGUGCUCUCAGUGAGGUGUCCAUCAUGGAUCCCCAGGGCCAGCUGGUCUACAGGCAGUCCUCCGGCUCUGAGGCCUUCCAGGCUGCCAUGGAAAAGAACCCUCUGAAGUUCACUGUGGAGGACGUCACCAGUGUCCAGCUCUACCCCGAGACAGACGAGCCAGUCAACAUCCUCAACAUUAAGAGAGGAAUCAUUUCAGCCCUCAUGGUGCCUAUCAGGGAGGAUGAACAGAACAGCCUCAUGAGCACAGUGCACGGUCAGUGUUUAACAGACUACCUGGUGAAUGCCAGGAAGGAUAUCGCCACAGAUGUGACUCUGUCCAGAGAUCUGUCUCAGUGUGACCAAUUCUACAGCAGGGAACUAGCCAACAGCCCCCUUGCCCUGCUGCAAAAACUGCAUCGCCCCAUGUCUAAGCUGAUAACAAGCACUCAAGACUGCAACUACCAGUUUGAUAAGAAGGGAAAACACAUCACGACAGCCAUGUGCACAGAAAAACACAUCUACCUGCCCUUCUCCCAUGAGGACAAUGGAAUAUCAUCUGUGGUGACCCAGGAUCUCACCUUUCAAAGCUCUAAAAGGAUUAACAACAGAGUAUUUGAUGUGAACCCCAGGCAGAGCAAGCCACUCCACUUUGAAGACCCUGAUGAUAAAGCUCCAGUCCAGACAAAGGACACUGUUCUGAGCACCCUGCGGGACCUUGUGGCUUUGGCAGGCACGGACCAGGGUCAGAAGAGGACCAGUCUUUUCCAUAAGCUGGUGUCCAGCCUGCGCGUCCUGAGGAAUGAGACCCUGAGCCAGACAGUCACUGAGAUGUUAGAUACAUCAGGCUGGCUCACCUGGCAGGCCCUGUUCCAGUGUGGAACCCCGGAGUGCACCAGCGGUAUCCUUCAGGCUAUUAGGACCAUUGAUGGGGUGUCACUAGAGGUUGACGCUCUAGUCUAUGGGCUGAGUCUACAGGCUAACCCUGAUGCUGCACGUGUCCGAGAUAUGCUCAGCAUGGCUCAGUAUAAACAGAGCAGGGCAACCAUGUAUGCUCUAGCCAACACAGUCAAGAAGUUCCAUAAAGGAGAGGUUACUCCAGUGGUCACAGAUGUGUCAAAGUUCAUGGAAACACACUUAAAUGACUGCUCGGGAGAAAUCCUUGAUUAUGACUCUGAUUUUCCAGCUGACCCUGAAGAGAUGUCCUUCCUUGUACUGAGGGUUGUUGGUGUCAUGGGUCAAGCUAUGCAAGCUGUCAACCCCAGCCUGAUUUCCUCUAUUAUGCGGUGUGCUAAGAAAACAGACAUUCCAUUAUCAAACCAAAAGGCAGCUAUACGGGCCUUUAGGUUGAUGGAUAUCAAUGAUGAGAUCAGAAACGUUCUCAUGGAGGUGUACCAGGAUGCUCAGAGUCCUGUUGAAAAACGUGUAGCAUCCUACCUGAUUCUGAUGAAGAACCCAGACCAAGCCCUGGUUAGAGACAUUGUGAACAAUUUGGAGAACGUGAGGGAGGAGCAGCUCAAGAGCUUUGUGGUCUCCUACCUGAAUAACAUCCGCAACUCUGAUGAGCCACAAAUGCAUCAACUCAGGGAGCACAUUGAGUUGGCCUUGAAAGACCAGCUAUCACCCACAAACAAGGUAUUUGAUGGCAUUUCACACAGCUACAAAAUAGACUCUCCCUUGGGCUCAGUACAGAGCAACAUCAUCUUCGAUGCCACGGACACCUUACCUAAAGAAGUGAUGCUGGAGACCACUCUAAAAGUUUUUGACUACAACUAUGACAUCUUUGAGGUUGGUGUUGAGGGAACAGGAUUUGAACCAACAAUUGAUGCUCUCUUUGGAGAACAGGGUUUCUUCCCCGACUCUAUCUCCAAAGUCAUGUACUGGGCAGGUGACAAAGCCCACAUGCUCAGAGAGGUUUUGGACAGAAUCACCCCUGACAGAGACAGUAUGAAGAGACAGGUACCACAGGAUCUCCUGAAAGAUAUCACAAACAGUGUACAGAAGCUCAUGGAUGACGUGCAUUUUUCUCCAGCCCCUGAAGCUAUAGCCUAUCUUCGGCUUCUGGGAAAUGAGAUAGGAUACAUAAAGACCAAAGAGAUGAGAAAGAUGGCUGAGACUCUAUCCAUGUACUACCAUGUUUACAUCAGGAUGCUGCCUAUCAAAGUCUUUUUUGCAUUGACAUCUAGCACUGAAAAUGAAGUCUUUGCCCACUACAUCUUCAUGGAGAAUGCCUUCUGUCUACCCACUGCCUCUGGUUUCCCUCUGAAGUUCUCACUUGCUGGUGUUUUUGCACCUGGUGCCAAAGGAGGCCUGACUCACUCAUCUGCUAACAUAAUGACUGACUUGUCCUUCAUGCCUUCAGUUGGGCUAGAAUUCAUCACCCAAAUGGGUGUGCAUAUUCCAGACUAUGUGGAGGCUAGGCUUGAGAUGCACACUAAUAUGUACCACGAGAGUUCCCUCAAUGCUAAGGUCACCAUGAACAGAAACCAGAUGAGACUGUCCAUCCCUGCUCCUAAGUCAAACACGCAGUUGCUCAGCGUUAGUAACAAGCUGCUGUCAGUCUCCUCUGGUCAAACAAAAAUAGUUCCAUCCCUGGUGGAUGACCGGACUGACUCAACUGACUGCCAGCCCCUAUUUAGUGGUCUGAAAUUCUGCACAAUAGUGCAUUACUCCAAUGCUACUUCCAUGGACCAGGCCCCAUAUUACCCCCUGACUGGAGAAACCAGGUUUGCGGUUGAAAUCCAGCCCACAGGGGGAGUCUCAGAGUACACUGCCACCAUCACAGAUGAAAUGCUCAGAGAGGGUAAAAAGGGUCGUCAUAAAAUACAGUCUCUGAAGCUAACCCUGAAAGCAGAAGGUGAUGAUUCGACAGAGGCCACUGCAUCUCUGAAAUACAACCGCAAUAAGAACAUUCUCACCACUGAGGUUGUCAUUCCCGACUAUGAUGUGGAAGCAGGCAUCAAGCUGGCUGUAACUGACAGUGAUGCUAAAGGGAAGAAGAUGCAAGGUAUCACCAUUGAUGUCACCAACAGGAACAUUCCACACCUGACUCUUGUUGGAUGCACAAGACUUGACAUGAUGAAGGAUGCCAUGCUGCAACUCCAGAUGGUCAUUCCCCCUCUGAAAACUGAAGCCUCUGUCACUGCAACCCUGAAGAAAGAUGAGGAUGUGUUCAUGGACAUAGAGACAGCCAUCAACCUCCCUGACACAUCCUACCAACAGAAAGCUUCCCUCAAAUACGAUGAUGACAAGUUUAAACUGGAACUGAAAUCAGACCUGAAUUCAGAGAUUCAGAAACUGAUCCCAAAUGUAGAGGAUCAUCACAGGCAACUGCAACAGCUCAUUGAUGAUAUCCUGGACCAGAAAGUGGCAAAGACUGAUAUGAAACUGCGUCACAUAGUAACCAAAGGAAUUGAGGCAGGUAAUAUAUGGCUGGACAAAUUGACAGCACGACUCCCCUAUCUUAAAAACCUGCGAAGUAAGAAGAGCAUCUCAGAUCUCACCUUGCCAACCCUACCUGGGAAACUCUUUCUGCAGUUUGACAGUUUGUUCCAAUACCAGUUUAACAAGGAUAAGAUGUCCAUCUCGCUUUCUCUUCCACUUGGAGGCAAAAAGUCAGAAGAACUGAACAUCCCAACCACUCUGUCUAUUCCCCUCAUAGAUUUGCCAGAGCUAGGCUUAUAUAUCCCUGCCAAAAACUAUCCACUACUAUUAUUCACUAUACCGCCUUCUUUGGAUUUCACUGUUCCCCUUCUCGGUCUGGCUGAAGCAUCCACCAAGAUCCACAGCAAUUUCUACAACUGGGAAGGCUCCAUCUCUGGGGGCAACAUCACUGUUGAUGUCCCCAGCUACAUUGCACAGUACAAGGCCAUGGCCCAAUCACCUUUCAACCUACUGUCAUACAAACUUGAAGGAACCGGGAUGAUGUCAGGAAGAGCUGAUGAUAACCUGAAGUAUCUUCUAAAUUGUUCCUUCAGCCAUAGCCUCAUUGACACAAGCUUCAGUGUCUUAGAAACGUUAAGAGUAACAAACAAAUUAAAUGCAAGAGCCAUCUAUAAGAUUGAAGCCUCUAGUCCAGUAGGCCUGCAAGGCUCUCUCUACUACUCUGCUCAGUCAGCUUCCACUCUAGAUUCAGAUGAAGUCUCAGGAGAUGGCACUGUGGACGGAUCGCUUAAAAUAGGUUCAUUCUACACCAAUACCUCAUACACCCAGAGCUACAACCUGCGUCCACUAGAUAGAGAAGGAAGAGGAGAGUCCACCCUGCACUUCAACUCGCCAUUCAUCCAAGUUCACAACAUGAUCCAUGGAGUCUACGCAAACUCUGAGUUGAACAUUGUGUCCAAAACCUAUGCCCAAAAAGACAUCCUCAAGCAUGUAGCAGAGCUCAAGUAUAAAGAUGCACAACUGACCCUAAAGUGCAACGCUGUUGCCACAGCCAUGGGUAAAUCACUCAAUAGCAAAGUUGAGCUUGGCGUGUCCAGCCACAUGGCCAUCCUCAGAACUGAGUCACAGGCAGAUGAUAACACAAAUAGGGCAUACUCACUUUUAACAGGAUUGCUGGAUUCAAAUGGGCUUGAGAUAAACUCUGAAGGUUCUUUCACCUUUGACACAGGUCAUCGUGGAUUGCACAAAGCUUUUGUUAUGGUUGGCAGAAGUGGUCUGACCACAAGUGGAACUAACAGCAUUCAGUGCAGCCCUGUCACAGUGGAGAAUACCUUCAACGGUGUCAUAGGCAACAGUGGAGCAACCCUGUCCUCCAGGACCAAAGCAAUGGCUGAGGAGAGCAGAGGAGAGCUGAACAUCGAGGGUAAAAUCACAGCUGCAGCAGCCUCUUUGUAUGGUGUCCUCAAGGGCCAUGUAUACGAUGCAACCACAAUAAACAACAUGAAUUUUGUACUGAACCAAAGGGCUCUGACUUUUACUAGCAAUACCAUGGGAACAUUGAAGAAGAUGAAUACAGAAAAUAGCCACACACUGACCCUCACUCUAUGGACCCUAGCCCUCCACUCCAAAACUAACAACUUCAUCUGUGAAGAUAUUUACUACAAGCAAGACACCAAGGUUGAUAUGAAGCCAUUUCUUAUAUCAUUUGAUAUGACAAAUGACCUCAAGUUUUAUGAUAUCAGUUUGAACAAUGAAGGCCACAUUGAGCUUGAGCCAAUUAAGGUGGAUCUGAGUGGAAGUAUGAAGGGAGCUUAUGGAGAAGAACACAACAUUAAACAUACCUAUGAACUCAACUAUCACGAUAUGGCCGGUACAAUGAAAUACAGCACAUCUGGAAAUGUAAUGGAUGCUCAGGUAAGUCACAACUGUGAACUUGAGUUUGCUGGACUUUCCUCCAAGUCAAACUGUGAAGCACGAAUAAUUUCUGAGCCUCUACAUUUUGACAGCACCAUUCGCACCAUGGCACUACCUUUCAGCCUCACUGUUGAUGCUCAUGUCAACGGUGAUGGAGAAAUUAAUCUAUACGGGAAGCACACCGGACAGCUCUACAGCAAGUUGUUGGUUAAAGCUGAGCCCCUAGCUCUUGCAUAUUCGCAUGACAGCUGGAUAUCAACAACACAAACGCUUCCAAGUGGGGAGUCUUCCACUAAUUUAGACAACAAAUUGGAUGGCCUCCUGACACCAAAUGACCAAUCUCUAACCUGGAAAGUAAAAUCUAAACUAAACAACCAUGUGUAUAACCAGAACAUCAGUACGUACAAUAAUCCUGAGAGGAUUGGAUUUGAGUUUUCAGGAGUAAUGUUAACAGACAUUUUCAGCAAAUUGAGUAAAGACAAGAGAUCAGUAUCAGAAAUUCAAGAUUUCAGUUUGGCUGGUUUCCUCAAGUAUGACAAGAACAGUGACUGUCAUAUAAUUGAGAUCCCAUUCAUCAAGAGCUUUCCUGCUGCUUUUGAGCUGCUCAAGAACACACUUGUACAAGCCUUAGAAUCGCUUCAACAGUUCAUCAACAAUUCAGAUAUCAAUCAGCUAAUCACUGACUUUAGAGCCAAGUUAGAUCAGCUACCAAUGCAACUGAGUGACUUAAUGCGAGAAAUUGACUUGGAGAACAAAGUGAAUCAACUAAAAGCAAAACUUGAUUAUUUGAUCAAUGAAUUUGCUGUAACAAUGGAUGACUUGGAGGUUGCGAUGAACAACUUGAGAAAGAACUUUGAAAAUACGGUGAUGGACAUUGCCACCAAAAUUAGACACCUCAUCCUUAUAGUGGAAGACUAUGUCAAGGCUGGACACCUUGCUGACAAGAUAACAAAUGUACUUUCACAAUUUGGAAAUCAGCUUUGUGCCUUUGAUGAGAAGUAUGAAAUCAAGCAGUCACUCGUCAAAGUACUUGAUGCCAUCGAGGACAUCGUCAGACAGAUUGAUUUACAGAAGCUCACAGAAAGCAGUGCUGCAUGGCUACGAGAACUUGAUUCUAAAUAUGGAAUCUUGAAGAAAAUAAAAGACAAACUGUCUGAAAUGGAACAGGCCAUUGAGAACUUUGACAUCAAUAUGUUUUUCCAAGCUGUAAAGGAUUACCUUCUCUCAAUUGAUUUUGCCAUGUAUAUUCAGCAGCUAUCAUAUAAAAUACCCUCUUCAGAGAUAGCAAAAGUGAUUGAAUCUAUGAAUGAUGUUAUUGUCAACUGGAUUGACGAAUAUGAAAUCCCCAACAAACUAAAUACAGUGUAUUCUUACAUUAGGGAUCUACUUUUAAAAUACGAUCUUGAUGAUAAAUUUAAAGAAAUAAUGGAUCAGGUAGUGAUUCUCAUCAAGGAAUUCAAAAUUGAAGAGACUGUGCAAUCAAUGGUAGAUUCUCUGAAAUCUAUCAACUUUGAAUUUGUUGUUGAUAAGAUUCUGCAAUUUCUGCACAAUGUGACAAGCCAGCUCAGAGCAAUUGACUUUAAGAAAAGCAUUGAUGACCUUAAUGAAUGCAUUUCUUCAAUGCUUAAGUCAAUUAAAGAAUUUGACUACAGUACAUUUGUUGAUGAGACCAACAAGAAGAUUACUGAACUAACAACCUAUAUCAAUGAGCAGAUUAAAACAUAUGAGAUUGUGCAAAAAAUUGAGGCAGUUAGGGAAUUUUUCAGAGUGAUCCAAAGUUCCAUCUUCACAUAUCUGGACGAACUCAAAAACACAAAGGUGGCUGACACUCUAAAGAAACUGAAAAAUUUGAUUAACACUACAUUUUAUAAUGACAUCAAGAUGAAAGUGCAGGAUGUCCUUGAGGACAUGAGACAAAGAAUCCUUGACAUGGAUAUCAGAGACGAAAUAUACACUUACCGCCAAAGAGCAAGUGAAUCCUACAGCAAUAUGGUUGCCUACAUUUCUACGAAGUUUAACCAACUGAUAGAAAAGAUCAGAAAAGUGGCGAAGGACAAUGAGAACCUCACCCAGAUGAAGCAAGCUGUAGAUGGAGUUCUUGGCGCAUUGAAAAGAGCUGAGAUUGAAGUUCCCACUUUUACUGUACCUCUCACUGACCUUGUCAUUCCAGCAUUUACAGUCAACCUAAACAAACUGCAGGAGAUCAGCAUCCCAGCUCAAAUUUCAGUCCCUGAGUUCACCAUUCUCAACUCUUACACAAUUCCUGCCUUUACCAUAGACUUUGAUGAGAUCAAAGCAAAUAUAGUUGCAAUCAUAGAUGACAUCAGAGAAUUUGAGAUCCAAAUGCCUGACCCUGAGGAAAUCUUUGGUGACCUAAAAGUUCUCUACCUAUCUGAACUACCAGAUCUCACCUUCCCAGAAAUAACUCUUUCAGAAAUAAAAUUUCCAGCCAUCAACAUCCCCAUAUUAAAUCUGAAGGACUUUGAAAUCACAAUGCUUCCAAUUCCAGAGAUCAAAUUGCCUGAGUUUCCCAGUGAUAUUUGUAUCCCUGUUUGCGGCAAAGUCCAUGGAGAAUUUAGAGUGAACUCCCCACAGUACAUGCUUGUAACUACAGGGAAGAUUGAGAACUCAACGUCCAUACAAAAUACGCCACAGUUUACAGCCACUAUUACUUCUCAUGCCAAAUCACCCAUUAAGCCCCUCAAAUACACCUUUGAAGCCACUGCUCAGUUGGAAGCUCCCAGAAUGAAUAAGUUGCUAUUCACAGAAACAGUGAAAGCUACACAUAUGGCCUUCUCCAUUGAUCAUGAAGGGUCCUUGACACUCACUGGCUCUUCUGCUGAGGCCUCUGCUAAGACUACUACCAAGGCCACAACCCAAAUUUACACGGCAGACUUGGUCAACGAUAUGGCACUUACAGUGAAGAGAGGAAUCUCUGCAGCCAUAUCUACAACAUACAACCACAACUUGGAUAUCCCAUCAAUUGAAACUUCAAGUCAGGUAUCAAUGAAACAGAAUAUAGCAGCCACAAUUGAAUCUGGCAGAAUUACCAUGACUGAUGAAACUACUGGGAAUGGAAAGUGGUCCAUUCAAGACUACUCUGAUGAAGGUACACACAAAAGCAAGGUAGAAUUCAACAUAAAUUUUAGCACUGCCAAGUUAACUUUUAUAGGAGAAACAGACUGUAAGGCCUUGAAAUCGAAGCAAACGCUUACUGCUGAAUUAGUGAUCUUAAGCCAUAUCACUGCUGAAGCAAGAUGUGAAACUGAAGUUGGAUCUGUCAAGAAGAGUGUUACGGUUUUAAAUGGAGAGGUUCACAUUGGGGACUUGAAAGUAGCACUGACAGCCUCUCAUGAUACUGAAUUCACUGAAAGUCUGAUUGGAUCCAUGGCCACCUCGUUGGAAUUCAUGGCCCAUCCAUUUGAAAUUGUACUCGAUGUUAAGAAUAAAAUAAACUCAAAGAUUUUCUUCCCCCUGAAACUCACUGGUAAGGUGGAUCUCCAGCAUGAUUUUGGUGUCAUACUAAACCCUGAGAAGCAGCGUGCUUGUUGGUUUGCUUUGGCAAGAUUCAACCAGUACAAGUACAAUCACAACUUCACAGCAGAAAACAAUCAAAUGGACAUUUUCUUUCACUCAUCAGCUAAUGGAGAGGUUAAUCUGGACUUUUUGACUGUUCCUCUCUCUAUCCCAGAGAUAACUGUACCUUAUUUCAAAAUUAAAACCCCUGAGGUCAGAGACCUCUCUCUGUGGGAAAGCGCUGGAUUCAAAACCUUGCUUACCACUCCUCAACAGUCAUUUGAUAUGAACCUGAAGCUUAAUUACUACAAGAACCCUGAUACGCACAGCUUUGAAUUACACUUUGAACCAAUCUACAAUGCAAUCAGUGACAAUGCCAACAUCAUCCAUGCUCAAUUUGAACAAUGUAGAGACAAAGUAGUUGCACUUCUAAAAGAUUCGUACAACCAAGCAAAGUCGCAGUAUAUCAACCACAAAAUUGACACUUCUAGCGUGCCUCCUAGAGUUUUCACUAUCCCUGGAUACAAAAUACCAAUAUUGAAUACUGAGGUUUCCGCUUUCAGGGCUGAGAUGCCAGCCUUUAGCUACUUUGUUCCCAAGGAGGUCAAUACACCAAGCUUCAAAGUUCCAGCACUGGGUUUCUCUGUGCCAUCCUACACCCUUGUGCUACCAUCUUUGGAGUUACCUGUCAUCCAUGUUCCAGAAACUUUAAGUGAAAUAAAGCUGCCCACCUUCACACUACCAGCCAUUCAGAACAACAUUGUGGUCCCAGCCAUGGGUAACAUAACUUGUGACUUCUCCUUCAAAUCCACUGUAAUUACCUUAAGUGCUAAUGUUGGCCUUUAUAACCAGUAUGACAUUGUUGCUCGGUUCGGUGCUUCCUCAACAUCUGUGUUUGACAUUUUGAAUGGAAAAAUUGAUGGCACCACCAGUUUGACAAGGAAGAGAGGAAUAAAACUGGCCACCACUGUGUCUCUGGAGCAUAACAAUGUGGAAGCAAACCAUGAAUGUGCUGUUAGUCUCACCAAAAGGAGCAUGGAAGCUUUUGUAGCCAACACUGCAAAAAUCAAUCUACCAUUUCUCGAUCUAGAAUUGAAUCAGGAACUCAUCGGAAAUACGAAGACCAAGCCAAAUGUUGCUUCCAAGAAAAAACUAAAAUACAUGUUUAACAUUCCUCUGAUUGAGUCUGUAGGCAAAGGAAACCUCAAUAUUAACUGGGCACUAGAAGCACUUUCUUCCUAUGUAUCAAUGGAGACCUCUACCCAAGGGAAGUCAGACAUAACGAUAAUGGAUAGUUGUAACUUUGCUGGAGAUCUAGAAAAUGAGGCCAGUUUCUACCUUAAUGUCAAUAGCCUGCGUUCAACUUUCAGGACUGUCUUAAACUCAAACAUUGACAAACAGGAAAAACAAAAACGAAGCUCAAACAAUAACAUCUUCCAGUUUGACUUGAAUAACAACUUGGCUUUUGAUGUCUCCUUGUGGCGUAUGUUUGUAACAGUUGAUUACACGAGCAAUAACAAUGCCGAUUUUGCAUCUUUCAACACAAAUGGAAAGCACAUUGUUAAAGGAGAACUAGAUUUUGUUCCUUUAACAACCUUCAAGACUACAUUUAACAUUGAUGCAAGUCAGCCAAGUAGUUUGGGUCAUGCUGGACUCAUUCAGAGCAUCAACCUUGCCGUCAGCUCAGAGAAGCAGUCAUUCAUCUGGAGUGGUAAGGAACAGCUAGCAUCUCUCAUACAUGCUUCUGAUUUAAUGGUGUCCAGUGAUGAAUCUGAAGUACGCAUGGACUUGACCGGAUCAGUGGAAGGCCACCUAGCUUUCUUGAAAUCAGUUAAGCUUCCUGUACAUCAGAAGACCCUCUGGGAUGUGCUCAGGUUUUAUCAGGUCACAAAUAUGGACAACUUACAAUUUUUUAACAUCUCUUCCAGCAUUGUAUACACAAAGGCCAUGGAUGGCCAGGAGUAUAUGAUACCAUGUAAACUAUUUGAAAACAGCGUAACUUUUAGCAUCCCUGAGAUUAGCAUUGCAGUGCCUUCUUGGGUAAAAGAAAUUCCACACUCCAUAAGGAACAUAAACAUGAGAUUUGAAAACCCUGAUGCCCCUGAUCACCUCACUCUUCCCCCUGUAAUCUCAGUUCCAGCCUUUAUUGUGCCAUUUACCAACUUGCAUGUGAAACCCUUCAUAAUUGAUCCUAAGAAUCUUAACAUCCCUAAGGUGAUCACCACCACAGCCUUUGAAAUCAUGCUGCCUGGCUUGCCAAUAAUGUCAGUGCCCAGUUACGAUGUUAAAACAGAGUAUCUACACGGGAAAAUGUCAUUCCUUUCAUUCAAGAUGCCACAAUAUGAAAUCAAAGUCUUGUCUUUCACAUUACCAAAAUCCUUUACCAUUGGAGAGCACACCAUCAGCCUAAAUGAAAUCACAAGCCAGAUUUCAAACUUUGUACUUCCAACCAUCAUCAUUCCAGAGCAAAAAAUUGAAAUCCCUGAAAUUACCCUACAUCUGCCUUCAAGUGUGUUUAUCCCAGCUUUUGGAGUCCUCAGUGCCACUCUGAAGGUUUCCUCCCCUAUUUAUAAUGUGUCAACAACUGCUAACCUGGAGAAGAAGAAUUUUUAUCUUAUGUAGGAGAUCUGGUUAGUGUUGUUACAAGCUAAUGUAUGACGCUCUUUAAGAUGCUGCCCUUGGUUGAACAAGAUAAUUUGACUUACUGUAAUAUAAAUCUUCCUCAGGAUGAAGCGCCAAACCCUCUGGCUGAUUCGAUAUAAGUUUUUUUUUUCCCAAAGGAUGAUUUUCUGCCUAUGUGAACAGUUCUCGCUAAUUGGUCGACCAAAGAUGCACUAGAAAAUACCUUUGCUAACACCUGUUUCUGUUUUAAAGGGAGUCUCAUCAUACUCUCAAUGUUGACAUCACCAGCCGAACAUUUGUUAAUGUGAGCUUCCGCUUUGCUUCCCGCAAAGAUGGCAUCUAUGUAUCUAUGUCUUCUCCAUCCUCUGGUUUCCUUGGAUUGCAUUUUCAGAAGAGGGCUACGUCACAGUUGUAUGGAAAACUGUUUAGUCGCUACCUGGUAUGACGCACUUAUAGCUCUUUUAUUUGCAUAUUGUUGUCAACAGUAAACAAUUUUCAAAUCUACAGGUGACUGAUACUAUGUAGUGCAACUUGACACUGUUUUAACUAUUAUUCUACUCAAUUUCUUACCUCAACUUCAGUCUACUCCUGAAAAGGAUACUGAUGUUUUCACUGCCAAAGCCACACUGAGAAACUCUCAGAAGGUGAUGUUACAGAUAUCAUGGAAUUGGGACUUCCACCAUGAUGUGAUUGAGGGGACCAAGGACAGGAUUCCUGCUAUGAUACUGUGCUCAAGUUCAUUAACAAGUAUCACACCGACCACUUUGGCUUUGAUCUCAACCGUGGUGGCAUGAAGCUGAAAAACUCAGUUUCCAGUGUCAUAGAGAGAGCCUAUUAUGAGGUUCUUAUGUCUUUUAACACACUGCAGAAUUCAAUCAAACACCUCAGUGAUCAAGGAAAAAACAUGUACAAGAAGGCUUCUGACAGCUUGAUGUCCAUGAGUGUGCAGGAUGUUACAGACAGGUUAGCUCGCGAGGCUAGACAAAUCUUGAAACAAAGUGAAGACAAGAUUUAUGUCUUGCUAGAUGCAGUUACACAGUUCUUAAGUGACACAAAUGUUACAGUGCCUGGAUCUGAAGAGAAGCUUUCAAGCCUGGAGAUGUUCCAGCGAGCUAGUCGGUCUGUAUCAAGAGCCACUGACAGGGAAAUCCAAAGGUUUGCUAGCCUCAUGGAGAAGAUUUUUAGAUACAUUCUAGAGUUCACCAUACCUGGAACUGAUGUUGUUGUUAAUGGAAAUGAGAGCAUGGACAAAUUGAAGCCUUCUACGAGAUCUGUAUAUGAUCAGCUAAGACAUUCAGUGCGCAGGGGUUUCGAUUUGCUUCAUAAGGCAGUUAAUGAUCUCCUCCAGAUGAUUGCUGAAAAAAGCGAGAAUGUCAUCACCUACCUAAAAGAUGAAAACAUGAAAAUUGCUUCUCAAGUUGCUACCAUCUAUGCAGAGGUUCUGCAGUCUGUAAAACAACAUAAUGAGGAGGCAAAGAGAUGUGUGGCUGCGUAUAAAGACUUUACCAAACUGAAGAUUCAAGAAGCUUAUGAUGCUUUAAGUAUGGAGCAUGUAAAUGACAAUACCAAAGAGUUUAUCAGUAUUUUGCACUCACAUCUCUACAGAAGACUUAAUGAAAGCGUAGCUCUACUGAGAAGGACAUCUCAGAGCACAGCACCGUACAUUAGAGUGAGCAAUAAAAAAAUGGACGUUGAAAUUCCUUUACCUUUCCUUUGGAAAUCUUUCAGAGAAUGGCCAACGCAAUCCAGGCAGUGAAUCAUGCCUCUCUUGAUAAAGUUGUUUCAUUAUGGCUGACUGAAUUUAUGUCUGUGUGGAAAAAAUUACUUUUUGUUUGAUGCCAAAUAAAAAUGUGUUUAAAGGUGUUUUACCUUACAUCAAUAUAUAAGUAAUUCUUAUGUGAGAAUUCUUUGAAAUUUGACUAUUCAUCCAAUUAUGACAUAGUGUUCAAUUAAACAAUACUGAAUACUGA